UCUAGGAUAGAACAUCACAUGUCUUAGAUCUAUCUAUGUGACAUUGCAUUCACAUUCUAACGUGUAUGCUGUUGUAACUCUUGUAAAUUUCCUCUCACACUAAGUCUAUUGCCAACUCCUCUUCUUUGCAUCUAUUCCUUCCUUCACUCUCCUAUGUCCGUCCAUUUCUUGUUCAAUAAUUGAAAAAUAUAUAUAUAUAUAUAUGCUUUUGCCACCUCAUAACUAAAUUCCCACCACACCACAAAGUUCCCUUCAACAUGUUCCUCCUUGUCCUAUUUCAAUUUGAAAAUUUAUCACUUUCCAUUAAAGUUAGCUCAUGAGACCCAGAUCCUAGUUUUCACUAUCUUACAACCCCAUUAUCUCAAAAUCUCAUUUUUCACUAUCUCAGCACAGAAAGAUUAGAUUUUUAAGAUAAAGAAAACUACCCUCAUGCUGAUAUUAGUUCUAGGAAUAACUUCAGCUACUUUGCUUGUGAUUGUUGCUAUUUUCGGCUUUUGUUACUUGCAAAGAUCAUCAAAACAUGAGAUUAAAGACAUAGAAAGCUUUGAAGAAAAGCAUCAAGAGGUGAAGGAGGAUUUAAUCAUAUUUGAAGGUGGAGAGGAUUUGACAAUAUGUGAUAUAUUGGAUGCACCAGGGGAAGUGAUUGGAAAAUCAAAUUAUGGAACACUUUAUAAGGCUUUGUUGCAAAGGAGCAACAAGGUUAGGUUAUUGAGGUUUUUGAGACCUGUUUGUACUACAACAGGUGAAGAAUUGGAUGAAAUGAUUCUGUUUCUUGGAAGAUUAAAGCAUCCUAAUUUGGUUCCUCUUUUGGGAUUUUAUACUGGGCCAAGAGGUGAGAAGCUUCUUGUUCAUCCAUUUUAUCGACAUGGGAAUCUUACUCAGUUCAUAAGAGAUGGAAAUGGAGAGAGUUACAAAUGGACAAACAUAUAUACAAUAUCAAUUGGUAUAGCAAAAGGAUUAGAACAUCUUCACACAGCACAAGAAAAACCAAUUAUCCAUGGAAACCUAAAAUCGAAAAACAUCCUUUUAGACAGUUCCUAUCAACCACACAUCUCAGAUUCAGGUCUCCAUCUUCUGUUGAAUCCAACUGCAUCCCAAGAAAUGCUUGAAAGUUCGUCUGCUCAAGGCUAUAAAGCUCCCGAACUAAUCAAAAUGAAGGAUGCUAGUGAGGAAACCGAUAUCUAUAGCCUCGGCGUAAUCUUGCUUGAAAUGCUUUCAGGAAAGGAACCUAUCAAUGACCAUCCGACUCCUGACGAGGAUUUCUAUUUGCCGAAUAUCAUGAGAAAUGCUGUUCUUGGCCACAGAAUUUCUGAUUUAUAUCAUCCUGCUAUUCUUCUCAGAAACGGCGUAGAUGAUGAAAUUCAAGUUACGGAAGAAUGUGUUCUCAAAUUUUUUCAACUUGCUAUGGCUUGUUGUUCUCCUUCACCUUCAAUUAGACCUAACAUUAAGCAAGUUAUUAGGAAGCUUGAAGAAAUUAUACACUAGAACAAGAUAUAUGGGGGCUUAUAUGGUGACAUUGCACACUUUUCUUCGAAUUCAUCUUCGAUAAAGCUGUGGUUAAAGACAAUUCACAUUUAUUUAUGAGGAAUUUGAGGGAGAAAAUGUAAGUGUGUUGCUUACAAAUUGUGAAAUUCGAUAUCAAACAAAGACUUUGGGAAUUGCAAGUGCUUGAUGCGCAGUGUGCGUGAGUAUUGUAAACUCCAUUAUGCCGAGUUCGAUUCCUAAUCAUAAAAAAAAAAAUGACUUGUGAACA